GCCAAUGAUUAACGCGGCGCGUUUCCUCCUUCCCGGAGCGCCCGGACCAUGGAGCCGCGCUGGGCGCAAACGGACCGGGAUGGGCCAGAUGAUGACGAGAGGGGGCAGCAGCGGCCUCCCUCAUCCCUCUUUCUCCAGCUGCCAAGCAACGCGACCCUCCGGUUCCGUGGCAGCGUGGCCAAGGCCUGGGGGGCUGCGGUGGAGGAGGGGGCCCCCCAGGAGCGGGACGGGGAAGAAGCCGGGGAGCAAGACUCGGUUCCCCUGAAACAGCUACCGCUCUGCAUGGCAGACAAACGGAGACUCAGGCUCCAGGAGCAGCAGGCAGCCUGGAAACGAAGCCGCUGGGAGCAGUGGCAGGUGGGGACGCGCCGCCUGUGGGGACAGGUGAGGGAUGCCCUGCUGGACGCCCAGGUGUGGAGGGGCUCACUGCACCACAUUGAAGGUCACUUCGGAACCGGGAUCCAGUCGUAUUUCAACUUCCUGCGCUUCCUGGUGCUGCUGAACCUGGGGGGGGGGCUGCUCAUGAUGGGGUUCGUCGUGGCCCCCAACGCUGCCUUCGAGGGGCUGCAGCUGAACCAGACCCAGAAGGGGCCAAACUCCACAGUGAUCAGCAGCUGCCUGCAGUACGACCCCACCAAGCGGGGCCUGGUCAGCUACUUCACCUACCUCAUGGACCUGCUCUCCGGGACGGGGUUCAUGGAGCUCACCCACCUGUUCUACGGUUAUUACCAAAACUCGGCGGUGCAUUUCGUGGGCUUCUCCUAUAACAUCCCCCUGGCCUAUCUGCUGAGCGUCUUGGGCUACUUCUCCGUCUGCCUCCUCUGGAUCGUCCGCCGGGCCGUCCAUCUCCUGAAGCGCAGCCUGGUCAGCGAGAACGGGGCGCUCAACACCUACAGCAACAAGGUCUUUGCCGGCUGGGAUUUCUGCCUGGGGCCGGGCACCACGGUGCACAUGAAACACAACAGCCUCCGCUACGAGCUGCGGGUCAGGCUGCUGGUGACCCACGGCCCUGCCCCUCUGGCCCGGCUGUGGGGGGAGCAGGAGUUCCUGGUGCCCCCCAACGUGCUGGACCUGGUGUACGGCCAGACCGUGUGCUGGGUCGGCGCCGCCUUCUCCCCCCUGCUGCCCCUGCUCAACACCACCAAGUUUGUCCUGCUUUUCUACCUCAAGAAGCUCACUCUGUUCUCGAACUGCCGCCCGGCCGACCGCACCUUCCGUGCCUCCAGCUCCAGCUUCUUCUUCCUGCUGGUGCUGCUGCUGGGCCUGGCCAUCGCCUGGGUGCCCCUGCUAUACAGCGUCUUUGUCCUCCAGCCCUCCCAGGCCUGUGGCCCGUUCCGGGGUGAGCCUACUAUGUGGAGCACCCUCUGGGCGGCCAUCGAUACCCUGCCCCAUGUGGCCAGGGAGUUCCUGCAGUUCGUGGGGUCGCUGGCCUUCGCUGUGCCACUUUUCCUGCUGCUGUGCAUCCUGAUGUUCUACCUGAUGGCCCUGGCCCAUUCCUACAGCCGCCUGGUGAAGGAACUCAAAGGGCAGCUGCAGCUGGAGGGGCGGGAUAAGGUCUUCUUAGUGACUCAGAUCACAGAGCUCAGCUAAGGAGAGUGCUGCAAGAAAACUCCCAAUCUCGUUGAUUUGAGGAUAAUUCUUGACCCUGCCAUGUCUGCCCGGCCGUCCCCUGCCAUUCGGCCCUGUGCCAAACCCGCCCCCUGCUGGACGAAAACUACAAUAACCUCCAAAGAACCCAGAGCUCAUUCAUGGACUGCAGCCCCUCUGGAGUGGGGGCUGGGUAUACGGGGAGCCCUUGCCCAGCACAGACACAUGGCCUCUCCGGGAUGGGGCGCUGGGGCUGUUUAUACAGAGACCUCUUGCCUGGCUGAGACAUGGCCCCUCUGGAGUGGGAUGUGGGGUUUGGUUAUACAGGGACCCCUCACCUGGCAGCCACUCUUUUCUGACACCCAGCGAUGCUGUUCUGUUUAGGACAGGAAGUGAAGCAAAACCCUGCAUGUAACUGACAUCCCAGGGGACUUUGCAGGAGGAGAAGGUGGAAUUGCUUGUGUCUGGAAUGGGCCGGGCUGCUGGCCUUCAGGCCCCAGUUCUCCUACUCUGUCCUGCCCCGGGCUAGCCCCACGGCGGGUGAACCCCUCGUUACUGGCUGGCAGCAGAACUCCAUUGUCGCACUCCAGGGGAGCUGCAUUUGUAUUCCCCAUCUACUAGGCCCCGGCUGUCACCCCUCAUGGGUGGAGACCCGCGUGUCUCUCUCCCUCCCUGAGGGGGUUUUUCAGGCUGGCCAGCUCCCUGCCCAGGGCUCUGAUUUGACACACGAACCCACAAAGCGAGAUUGCCAUCAACAAUAAUCGCCAUUUACAGCUCAGCCAAGUCAGGGAAAACCUUGCUCAGAAAUCGUUAACAGCGUUUGAUUUCAGGCACUUUCGUUGGUGUAUUUUGAGAUGUGAUGUUGUUGACAAUUUAACGGCUUUUAAAGCUGUGACUUUUUGAGUCUCAAACACCUGCUGUUGAUAAAUCAUUGUCUGACUCUCCCGCCCCUCCCCUCGUUCUCUGAACCUCCUGUGAUUUUUCUGCAAUUGGGAACAUUUUAAAUCUGAAAAAAA